UGGAGCAGGGACGCGGCCCCGCGGGUGCAGCGAGCCUGGGCGGGGCAGUGCGGGAGCCCCGAGCGCCGAGCGCCGCCGCUGCCGGGCCGGACGGGGCAGCCCAGCGAGGCUGGAAUGGGUGCCUGGGCUCGGCAGAGGGCGGCGCGGCCCCGCCGCCAUCCCCUCCUGCCCGGCCCGCGCCUCCCGCUCCUCCCCGCCUGGAAAAGGAGAAGCGAUGGACGGGGCAGGCACGAGGGACAGCGCGAGCCGGUAAAGCCUGGAAGAAAACAAAAGUAAUGCCCGGGAAGGAGCUGCCGUCCGCAGCUGGAAGGGAGAAAGUGCCGGCACAAAGUCUGGAAGUGGAGGAGGAGCUGGAAGGGCAGAACCUGCACCAUGACCGAGCAGAAGUGCUCAGACCUCGCUGACUCACCUGCCUCACUUUGCUUCGAGCACUCGAAAUAGGAGAAGCAAGGAAGAUGCUCCAGGACUCCUGGAACAGAUUCUGAGCGGCACCAGCAGAUCCCGACCAUGAUCCCGGUCGCGGUCAGCGCCUUGUGCAUGAGACCCCUGAAAUGGAUUUUCCUGUUGCUGCUGCUGUUUUCCCUGAUAACCAUGUGGUACAUAACCUUCUCCUCCAGGGCUGGCCUGGAUAAUGUGAACCCUCUGUACUUCUUUGAGUACGAGCCCGUGUACCGGCAGCCGCGGCCGUUCACGCUGCGCGAGCGCCGCGGCUGCGCCGACCUCCACCCCUUCCUGGUCAUCCUGGUGGCUUCCAGCCCCGGCGACGUGCGAGCCAGGCAGGCCAUCAGGACCACGUGGGGCUCCCGGGACUCCUGGUGGGGCCAGCACAUCCUGACGCUGUUCCUGCUGGGGCAGGACACGCAGAGGGAGGACAGGGCGGCAGCGCUGGCGGUGGAGGACGAGAGCAUCCUCUACGGGGACAUCAUCCGCCAGGACUUCAUGGACACCUAUGACAACCUCACCCUGAAGACCAUCAUGGCCUUCCAGUGGUUCUCCGAGUUCUGCUCCAACGCCAGGUUCUUCAUGAAGACCGACGCCGAUGUCUUCAUCAACACUCCCAACCUGGUGAAGCUCCUGCUGCAGCUGAAUUCCUCGGAGAACGUUUUCAUCGGGUACCCCCUCAUCGACAACUUCGCCUUCAGAGGCUUCGACCCCAAAAGGUACAUCUCCUACCAGGAGUAUCCCUUCAAGCUCUAUCCUCCCUACUGCAGCGGCCUGGGAUACAUCCUGGAUGGAAAACUGGCUCUGAGGGCUUAUGAGCUGAUGGGCCACGUCAAACCUCUGAAAUUUGAGGAUGUUUACGUGGGAAUUUGCUUAAAUAUACUCAAGGUCAACAUCACCAUUCCAGAAGAUGCAGAACAAUUCUUUCUCUAUAAAAUCGACUUUGAUAUCUGUAAAUACAGACAUUUGAUUGCAGUUCAUGGCCUUACAUCAAAUGAACUGAUCCAGUUCUGGCAGGAUUUGUCAUCCAACACUUCAAAAACUUGCCUUUGACUGUGGAUUUCUUUAGAAACUUCAGUUUGCUGUAGGAGUGGCCUCUAGAGAUGACUCUGACUGCUGGGGCAGCGUUUCUGCAGGGUGUUGCAGUGCUUUUCAACAAGAAGAGGGAUUCACAAAGCACUUUUCCAGGGGUGUAUCCUCAGAGGGUGCCUGGGAAUGCUCUGUCCCUCUGCUGCCUUUCCAUGUGCUGGGAGCAGCCCUGGGAUUUCCCCCUGACUCUUCUGGAAUGUACAAAAUGCCGUUGAGGAAAGGUGUUCCUGCCAAGAAAGCAGCUUGGAGGAUGAUUCCUGAAUUGCUGCCUGGAUUGUUUUUAUUGUUUUACUGCCACUCUCCUUUAUUUGUUCUCUGCCCAGCACAGAAUUUAAUCCAACCCAACCCAACCUUGUUUUCUGUGUAAGCCUCCUGAGAGUGUCACACCUUGUUAUUUAAAUGUGUCACCUUCACAACCCUUCCAGGAGUGUUCCCAGCCUGUGGGAUCUGCAGGAGCUGGUGAGAAAUGCUGGAGAUGUGAUGCACUUUGUGUGUGCAUAUUAAAUGGAAUGACUUUGGUGUCUCUGCUGGUGUUCCCAGAGCAGGGAGAUGGAGUGGAGCUCACGAUCAAUUUGGACAUCCCAAAAACACUGGGAUCAUCAAUCCCUCCCACCCUGUGUGUGUGAUGCAUCCCAGGAGUUUUGGAACCCUGUGGAGAAGAUGGGAAAUAAUUUCUGUUGUGAUUUAUGCCUGGUUCUAAAUGCGUUUUUUGAUUCCAGUUUGAAAAUUGGACAAAGGAAGAAAUCCUCCCAUUGCUAUUUUAAAGAAGGCCAACUCUUCCCUGUGUGUAAAGACCAUUUUUUAAUCACUUUAUUCAUAUCAGCAAGGCCCAGUUUUCAGUAGUUUACACUUCUAAUGGACAACGAUACAGAAUUUGCAAUUGCAUGAACAGAAUUAACCUGGACACAUCCACUACACGGGGGAGGGACUGAGGAGAUGUCCUGGCCACGCUCCCAGGGCUGGCCCACCCAGAGCCCUGGUGUGUGCCAGGGCAGAGCCCGGGGCUGCCCAGGGCUGCAGGAGCAGGGCUGAGGGUGCCCAGUGCCUCCAGCACCCAGGGGCACUGCUGGCUUUGGCUCUGCUCCACAGCUGCACCCGGGGCUGGAUUUCAGGAUGGGCUUGUGGCUUUUUAGGGAUGAAAAAGUCUUGGGGACAACACUCUCCAGACAAGGGUUGCAGAUGUCAGUGUUCUGAUGGUGAAAAGGUCAAAGAUGUUAAAAAAUAAAGGCUUUUUUUUUUUUUUUGGGGACAAUAUAGUAUUGCAUAACUGAGGGAAUGAUGCUCUUGUGUUCCUAGAUCCAGGUGAAAUUCCAGCUGUGCUGUGGGUUUAGGAGCUGGGAUUUGAUUGUUCUCUGAGCAGGUACGGGGAGAACUGCCUCGUUCUGUGAUUGUUUCCACAUCUCAAACCCCAAACCCCUCAGUUCUUCUCUAAGCCUGCCGUGUGAAAUGCUCAGAAAUAAAUUAUUUACCACAAGAACACUGAUA